CCGCGUCGGUUAGAUUGGCCGGCGGCGCAGCCAAUGGAGCUCGGUUUCCAAGGAACCGGCAGGCCCCGCCCUCCGCAGCGCUUGCGGUAACAAUAUGGCAGCGGCCGCUAUUGGCAGAAUGGGCUCGUCUUGAGCGCGGCGGCGGCGGCACUGGCGACCCUGGCACUGCAGCGGGAAAGGAGCCAUCCUGAGCGCCUGCCCUUCUCGAGCGCGCUGCUCCCUUGCCUCGCCUCGCUCGGCCGGGGCGCCCCUAGAGCUGGGUUAAAGCUGUGAAGUGAAGAAAUGAUUCCUGCAUUUCCUAUUUCCCAGGCUUCUUGUGAUCUGCUUGGUGAACACAUCCUCUUAAGAGACAUGUAUUGCCUUGAAAAGCCACGCUGUUCUUUGAUGUGAGCUGCAUAAAUUGUUGCUGUUGGACCCUGGAAUACAACGCUUUAGGGUUGCAUUACUUCAAGAGCAUUUAGCUGCUUUUCCCAUGGAGCAGAGGUUUUUGGCAUAUAUUCACAGGCUCCGACAAGACAGUAAUGGAGUCAUUGGGUGGCAGCUGGUGACAGAUUCUGCAGUUCCAGUAACUGCUCAUUUUAAUAGCAUUUGCAGUUAUAUACAUCUAUAUCCCACAUUUCUUUUGGAGAAAGUGCAGCAUACCAGUGCUGCCUUGUAAGGAUGAUCGAAGAGUGAUAAAUGGAUGGAUUUCUGCUGCCCUUUCCACUGUUGGGGGAGAUAGAAUUUUAAACAAAAAUGGAAAAUGGUGGAGAGAAUGGUGGAGCUGCUCUGUUGUCAAAUUUGUAAGCCCUUCUCCAAAAGAAUGGCAGUGGAGCCUCGCUAUACCCUUAAACCAUGGGAAAUGCAGAGAGCCAAAAUGUAGAACAUCAAUUUUAUGGAGAGAAACAUGCCAGCUUGGGAAGAAAACAUACAUCACGUUCCCUUCGCCUUUCGAACAAAGCAUCUCGCCGGACCAGACAUGCUUCCUCAGGAAAAAUUAUUCACAGGAAUUCAGAAGUAAGCACACGAUCUAGCAGUACUCCUAGUAUUCCUCAGUCCUUAGCAGAGAAUGGCCUGGAGCCCUUUACCCAAGAAGCCAACUUGGAGGAUUUUGGAAGCCCAAUCUGGGUAGACAGGAUGGAUAUGGGCUUAAGGCCAGUUUCUUACCACACUGAUUCUUCGGUUACUCCCAGCGUGGAUAGCAGCACAGUCCUCAUGGCAGCCUCAGUACAGAGUAUGCCAAAUUCAGAAAGCGGUAGACUUUAUGGAGAUGAAUCAACAUAUCUGGCUGAAGGGGGUAGCAGGCAACAUUCGUAUUCAACAAAUGGGACCAAUUUCUUGGAGCCUAUAAGUUUCAAGAAGAAACGUUCAAAAUCUGCGGAUAUAUGGCGUGAGGACAGUUUGGAAUUUUCACUCUCUGAUCUCAGUCAAGAACAUUUGACAAGCAACGAAGAAAUCCUAGGCUCUACUGAGGAGAAGGAAAGUGAGGAGACUCGAGGAAGAGAGGCGGGCAGCAGUCGCCAGCCAUUGGUCACCUGCCAGCGCGCCAAUUCCAUGAGUGACUUGUAUACUCCAAAAAACUCAAAUGCUGCAAUCAAUGGGGGUCCACGAAAUACGCUAGGAGGGUACUGUCGGAAUUUAAUGUCUCAUAUUCCAGAUAUGGAGAACCACAAAAUGUCACCAGCCACAACAGAGAAUGUUCCUUCUUACAGUAAUUACAACACGCUCCCCUGCAGGAAAUCUCAUUGCCUCUCAGAAGGAAUCACUCACCCAAAAAUGAGCCAUAGCAACAGUAUGCAUGGCAGACGAGCAAAAACAACUCAGGAUGUGAAUGCAGGCGAAGGGAGUGAAUUUGCAGACAGUGGGAUUGAGGGGGCAACGACUGACACGGACCUUCUUUCCAGACGUUCCAAUGCCACAAACUCCAGCUACUCUCCAACGACCAGCCGGGCCUUUGCUGGCAGCGACAGCGGCAGCUCUUCCACUGGAGAUGGGGCUCGUCAGGGAGUCUAUGAGAACUUCCGGAGGGAGUUGGAGAUGAGUAGCACCAAUGAUAACUUGGAUGAAGCUGGAUCUGCCCUGAGCGAUGAGCAGAGCAGUGGGACUUUGAGUUCCCCAGGACAGUCGGACAUACUUCUUACAGCAGGCCAGGGGACAGUACGGAAAGCAGGAGCGCUUGCAGUGAAGAACUUUCUUGUGCACAAAAAGAACAAGAAGGUGGAGUUAGCCGCACGGAGGAAAUGGAAGCAGUACUGGGUUUCUUUAAAAGGAUGCACAUUAUUCUUCUACGAAAGUGAUGGCAGAUCUGGAAUAGACCACAACAGCAUCCCAAAACAUGCUGUCUGGGUGGAAAACAGCAUAGUGCAAGCAGUGCCUGAGCACCCAAAGAAAGACUAUGUUUUCUGCCUCAGCAAUUCCCUUGGUGAUGCUUUUCUGUUUCAGACUUCUAGUCAAACGGAACUGGAGAACUGGAUAACAGCAGUUCAUUCUGCUUGCGCGACUGCAGUGGCCCGACAGCACCACAAAGAAGACACUGUCAAGCUGUUGAAAACAGAGAUUAAAAAACUGGAGCAGAAGAUUGAUAUGGACGAGAAGAUGAAGAAAAUGGGGGAAAUGCAUUUCCUCAGUUUGUCUUCUGUCAGAGACUCCAAGAAGAAGAAGACAAUUCUUGAUCAGAUCUUUGUUUGGGAACAAAACCUGGAACAGUUCCAAAUGGAUCUCUUUCGGUAUCGUUGCUACUUAGCUAGCCUCCAGGGCGGGGAACUGCCAAAUCCAAAAACGUUGCUCGCAUUUGCAAGUCGCCCAACUAAAGAUGCAAUGGGCCGUCUUGGAAUCUUUUCAGUGUCUUCUUUUCAUGCACUGGUGGCCGCUCGCACAGGCGAAUCUGGUGUCAGGAGAAGAACACAGGUGAUGUCGAGAUCAGCAAGCAAACGGAGAAGCCGUUUCUCUUCCCUUUGGGGUUUGGACACCACUUCAAAGAAAAAGCAAGGGAGACCAAGCAUUAAUCAGGUGUUUGGUGAAGGAGCUGAUUCUGUAAAGAAAUCUUUAGAAGGAAUAUUUGAUGACACUGUUCAAGAAAGCAAGAGAGAAAAAGAAGUGGCGCUCACCACAGUCCACCCACAUAAUCCUGAUUCUGACAUCUGGGUUCAUGAGUAUUUUACACCAUCCUGGUACUGCCUGCCAAAUAACCAGUCUGCCCUGACGGUAGUCCACCCAGGGGACACAACACGGGAUGUCCUGGAAAUGAUUUGUAAGGCACAUCAGCUGGAUUACUCAGCUCACUAUCUACGUCUUAAGUUCCUGACAGGAAACCAAAUGCAAUCCUACAUACCAAAGCCAGAAGAGGAUAUUUAUGAAUUGUUGUAUAAAGAAAUUGAAAUCUGUGAGAAAAUUACACAGCAAAUUCGGAUUGAAAAAUCUGACACGUCGUCUGAUAACUAUGGCUUUUCUCUGUCCUCUGUGGAAGAAGAGGGGAUUCGGCGGCUCCAUGUAAACAGCGUCAAAGAGACAGGCCUGGCUUUCAAAAAAGGCCUGAAAGCUGGUGAUGAGAUCGUUGAAAUCAAUAAGAAAGCUGCUGAAGACUUGAAUUCGGCCAUGCUAAGAGAUGUUCUUGUUCAGCCUUCUCUGUGCCUUACAGUACGGACUUAUCCUGAGAGACAGGCAGGGCAGAAACUAAUGCAGCUGCCACAACGCCGCACAGAUGGUUCACUCGACCUGACCGACAGUCCAUUGCGCUCUGUUGGCAAUAGCCAAGGACACUUGUUCUGCAGUGAUCAGGACAGCUGUGCUGAGACAACUCCAGAAGAGGCAGAAGUGCAUGUCUUGGAGUCCUCCAGUGAGGGUGAUAAAACUGGCAAGAGCACAGAACAGGUUGCUGCUUUUUGUCGCAGUCUUCAUGAGAUGAAUUCGUCUGACUCUUGUGUGACCCCUCAGGAAUUUACUGGGCCUCAGCAAGCCACUACAAGACAGCUAACCGAUGCUGACAAACUGCGCAAGGUUAUUUGUGAACUCCUUGAAACAGAACGCACAUAUGUCAAGGAUUUAAAUUGUCUAAUGGAGAGAUACCUGAUGCCUCUGCAAAAGGAAACAUUCCUCACUCAAGAAGAGCUGGACGUUCUCUUUGGAAAUUUGACUGAAAUGGUGGCAUUUCAGGUUGAAUUCCUGAAAACGCUUGAAGACGGGGUGAGGUUGGUUCCAGAUCUGGAAAAGCUUGAAAAAGUUGACCAGUUUAAAAAAGUGUUAUUUUCCUUGGGUGGGUCAUUCCUUUAUUAUGCUGAUCGUUUCAAGCUCUACAGUGCCUUUUGUGCCAGCCAUACAAAAGUUCCAAAAGUUCUUGUGAAAGCUAAGACAGACACUGCGUUUAAGGCUUUUUUGGAUGCUCAGAAUCCCAGACGACAACACUCGUCCACGCUAGAGUCGUACCUCAUCAAACCCAUCCAGAGGAUAUUGAAGUACCCUCUUUUGCUGAAAGAACUCUUUGCCCUCACUGAUGCAGACAGUGAAGAGCAUUAUCACCUGGACGUGGCCAUAAAAACAAUGAACAAAGUUGCCAGCCAUAUUAAUGAAAUGCAGAAAAUCCAUGAGGAAUAUGGUGCUGUGUUUGACCAGCUCAUUGCAGAGCAAACAGGAGACAAAAAAGAGGUUGCAGAUCUUUCUAUGGGAGACUUACUUUUGCACACCACAGUCAUCUGGCUUAAUCCUCCCACAUCGCUUGGGAAGUGGAAAAAGGAACCUGAAUUGGCAGCAUUUGUAUUCAAAACUGCUGUGGUUCUUGUCUACAAAGAUGGCUCCAAACAGAAGAAAAAAUUGGGAGGAUCACACAGGGCUUCAAUAUACGAAGACUCAGACCCAUUCCGUUUCCGUCACAUGAUUCCUUUAGAAGCUCUGCAAGUUCGGGCACCGGCAAGCGCAGACGCAGAGGCCAAUUCUGUCUGUGAGAUUGUUCAUGUGAAAUCUGAGUCUGAAGGCAGGCCAGAGAGGUCAUUCCACCUUUGUUGUAGUUCCCCAGAUCAUCGGAAGGACUUUCUGAAGUCUAUUCACUCAAUAUUACGUGACAAGCACAGAAGGCAGCUUCUUAAAACUGAAAGUUUGCCUUCAUCCCAGCAGUAUGUUCCUUUUGGAGGAAAAAGACUCAGUGCUUUAAAAGGUGCAAGGCCAGCUAUGAACAGGGCAGUGUCUGCCCCAAGCAAGUCUCUUGGGAGGCGGAGGAGGAGGCUGGCUCGAAACAGAUUUACCAUUGAUUCAGACGCCGUGUUCGCCAGCAGUCCCGAGAAAGAGCCCCAGCAGGCCUCCAACAACAAGGACACUGACCGCUGGGUAGAAGAACAAUUUGACCUCGGCCAGUACGAAGAGCAAGAGGACAUUAAAGAAACCGACAUUCUCAGUGACGACGAAGAAUACUGCGAGCCUCUGCGGAGCACCAUGGUGGAAAAAGAACUUCAGGAGCAGCUACAGGCAGCUUCCAUUACAAGCAACCAGUCGUGCCGAGGCGACAAAGUGCGGUUUGCUUUGGGGACGCAUGCGUCCAGAAUGACUCAGCUAAAGAAGCAAGCUGCUCUCUCUGGAAUUAAUGGCAGCAUGGAAGGCAACAGUGAAGAGGUCAUCUGGGUCCGCCGUGAAGAUUUCGUACCACCAAGGAAACUGAACACUGAGCUUUAGAGCUGCCACUUUCUCAUUAGAUGGUAGGCAUAGAUGUGCCCCCAACCCACCCCUUACACAUUGUGGAGAAUGACCCUAUGGAAUGCACACUUGCACAUACAGUUAUGGCAGCUAAACUGGUUGAAACCACACAGCCUCCCCCCCCCGCCACCUUCUCAUUUCCCUUAAGGUAAUGCAUAACAGGGGAGGGGGGAGCAAAACAAACUGGAAUGAGCUUGAGUCCUUCUCUGUACAUUACCAAGGGCUUUAUUUAUUCGAAACUAAUCAGGCGCUGCAUAUUGAAAUGGGAUGCAUAGAUCUUACUAGAAUACACAUUGCUGUGGUUGUGUGUAUGUGGUUUUUAAAAAAACAAAACAAAAAUGCAUCAAAUUUGCUUAAGUUGAUAGCACAAGCAGCAAACAAAUUGUAUAUGUGACAUGUCAAUCAUGGGUUCAUCUUAAGCAAGGAAGCUUCAAGGAAUAAGUCUUUCAGGCUGCAGUAUUCUUAUAUCCCCCUUAAACGUCAACAUUUCUCACUCUCAUCCAGCAAGGGAGUUCCAUGCCAAGAAGCGGACAUCAGUGCAUGGACUUCCCUAAUUUAUGGGAUGCCACGGUUGGCGUUUGAGUGGAGGGGAAAAAAAUCUUUCGUUCAGUACCCAGGGGUAUGCAUGGGGUGGAGCUGCACUGCGCAUGCACCACUGAACAGAUAUUUGGGGCUGUCAGCUCAGAAUGGUCCAGUCACUUGCUUGGGGAGGAAACAGAACCAGGCUCCCCUUUCUCCCAUCCCUUCACAAGUGAUCAGUACUGACAACACCAAACGUUUGUUUGGCAUGGGAGGUACUUGUACACAGUAGCAUUCACAAAGCUUACUGUCACCAAGGGAGGAUCUCUGGAUCCAGCAACACUAUGUAUAUUUUAGGAAUGUGUGAGGGGAAAUCUGGAAUUUAUGUUGUGCCGAGUUCUCUUUGGUCUGUGGCUAGUCUGAUUUAAUGUCAACGUUGGAAGUUCUAGUUUUACAUUAAAGAAAAAAAAUUAUAACAAUGCCAAACUCUUUUUUUAUUUGAAAAAGAGAUCCAAAUUUAACACUUGAAAAAGAUAUUUUUUGUAUUUUACCUGAAAUGCAAGGGCACAAAGGGAUGGGAAUUUUACAGUGUUAGCCUGCAAUCUUAUGCACACUUGCUAGGGACUAAGUCUCAUUUGACACAGCAGGACUUGUUUCCGAGUAGAAGUGCAUGAGAUUGUGUUUCCGUUCCAACUCUAGGAUGUAAAGCAACCCUUUUAGAAAGGGUUGAGGAUGUUGGUUUUAUAGUAUAAUUCUAAACUGGAAACUCUUAGGGAUAAUCUUUUUUUUUCCUUUUUGUAAAAUAAAUAUAAAACUGGACAGCUGUACAUAUUUGAGACUGGAAUUAAGUUAGCAAUGUCAUUAAAUAGCUGAGAAACCAAGAGGGUUAAAUUAAUCCCUGCUGUAAAUUCUGUUGGAAUAGGCAGUCUGCAUCUAGGAUGAGUUUGAUCCUCUGUGGUUGAUGAAGUUAGGGCUCAGGAAAAAUUGAACAUUUUGUGGCCAAAAAACCUGACCUCCUCCUAUUAUUAUCCUCUGUGAUAUCAGUGUACUUAUUGAUUGCUCCCCUGCCCCAACCCACUGUGGAAUAUGAGCAAUGUUCUGAACAAUAAAACUUCUUCUUUUUUUUCAAUUUAAAAAUUCUUAUUUAAACAUCUGUAACAGGGUAAAGUUGUGACCGAAAUUUAAAGAUUUCCAAAUAAUUUUUAAAGAGCACUUUUUCUGUUUAAAUAUUUAUAUAGCUUUCCCAUUUUAGUUUUGAUCUGCGAAAAAAAAGGGGGGGGAGAGAGUUUUGUUGUUUGGUUUGGGGUUUUUUGAAGGGAUCAUUUUUGUAUCUAUUGAUGUUUGACACAUUAGUAGGUACGCUGAAAGCCUAAAAUUUUAUAAUAGCUUUAGGGAUUCUAUUUUAUACAAUCAGCUGUGGCUAUAUUUUGAGACAUGAAUGGAAAAUGUUACCGGGCGGCAGCACCAGCUGCCUUGUGUCCCAGCCAAUAUUGGAGUCUCACCCGCACUAUAUUCAGUGUUUUGAAAGUUUUAUUGUCUUUAACUUUUGCAAUCUCUUCAUUGUUUUCUUAAAAAGCUUUAGCAAGGUUUUUACACCCUGUGUUAUCUCACUAUAUUUAAAUUCAAGUCGGUUGUGUACCAAUUUAUUAGACAUGACAAUGUUUUAGCUGUCCCCAGUAGAAUACAAUAAGCUUGUCAAAUGCUGAACGUCCUGUACUUGGAGGGUGCCAUUGUUCUUGUACAUAACGUCAUGAACUGUCAAUGUCAAAGGUUCUUAUAUAUUUCUUUUAUAAGCUGAAAGAAGGUCUAUUUUUAUGUUUUUAGGUAUAUGAAUGGAACGUUGUAAAUGCCUGUCAAAUAAAACAAUACGGGGGAAAAUAUUGGAA